AUGAAGUUAAACUUAUUUUUAUUUUUUACGCUUUUAGCAAUCUUUGCUGUACAAAUCAAGGCUCAGGAAUAUGAUUAUGAAUAUGUUGAUGAAAAUGUAGAUGAAGCAUCUGGUGAAGGCCCUCCUGGUGAAGGCCCUCCUGGUGAAGGACCACCUGGUGGCCCCGAUGGCGGAUCUGAAAGUUGCGAAGAAGGCGGGCCAGGUGGACCUCCCGAUGGCCGUGAAGGAGGACCUCCCGGUGGACCUGAAGGCGGCCCACCAAAACAAGGUUCUCCACCUCGCGCUGAACAAGGCAGAGCUAACCAAGGUAGACAAAGGGGUGGCAGUAAAACAAGCGGAAGAAAACCAGCUGCCAGCAAUAAAAAAGCUAAUCGCAGACAAGGAAGUACAGCUAAGAAAAAUAAAGCAGCAGCUCAACGAGCUGGCGGUCGUGCAAAUAGAUCUAAGGCUUCAAGAAACAAUAAGGCAAGACGUGGAUAA